CAUGUGUGUCUCUUUCUCUCUGUCCCUCACGCCCUCUCCCUCCUCCUCUUCCUCCUCUUCUUCCUCUGUGCCUUCCUUGUGAAGCUUCUGUGGGAUCCUACUGCACGUGGAUCCCCCCUCUCUCCAGACAGAAUCACCUCCCUGCCGGCAGUCACCAUUUCGGCCCCAGGAAGACCCACGCUGGCUGCCCAGCCUCUCCCGCGCCUCAGCCUGGGCAGGAAGACCCUGGUGGCGGCGGCCGUGGGCGUGAUGCUGGUGCUGGUGCUGGUGGUGCUUAUACCAGUGCUAGUCAGCUCCGUGGGCAGCGACAGUAGCCACUUUGAGAUGCUGGGCACCUGCCGCAUGGUGUGCGACCCUUACCUGGGCCGCGGCACCACCGCAGCCACCGGGGCUCAGGGCGAGGCCGAGGCCGAGGCCCUGGCUGACCACAGCAACAUGCCGCCGCCCUCCACUCUCCACCAGGGGCCGCAGGGCAAGCCGGGGCGGCCGGGGAAGCCCGGACUCCCGGGACCCCCGGGGGAGCCUGGCCCCCCUGGCCCCAUGGGGCCCCCGGGGGACAGGGGGGUACGGGGCAAGGGUGGAGCCCUGGGCUUGGGUGGGGGGACGGGGGACGAGGGAGGGGUCAUCAGCACGGCCUCCUACGGUGCGGCACGCGUGGCCUUUUACGCCGGCCUGAAAAACCCGCAUGAAGGCUACGAGGUCCUGAAGUUUGACGACGUGGUCACCAACCUGGGGAACAACUAUGACAGCACGUCAGGGAAGUUUAUCUGCGGCGUGCCAGGGACCUACUUCUUCAUCUACCAUGUGCUCAUGAGAGGGGGAGACGGGACCAGCAUGUGGGCUGACCUCUGUAAAAACGGACAGGUCCGGGCGAGCGCCAUAGCGCAGGAUGCCGACCAGAACUACGACUACGCCUCCAACAGCGUGAUCUUGCACCUGGACGCCGGCGACGAGGUCUACGUCAAGCUGGACGGGGGCAAGGCCCACGGAGGCAACAACAACAAAUACAGCACCUUCUCUGGGUUCAUCCUCUACAGCGACUGAGCACAGGGGCCACUGCACUGGAAGAGAGAGGGAUGGACAGAGGGGGAGAGAGAGGAAGAUGGAUAGAGAGAGAGAGAGAGCGGGGGAGAGAGCGCUUUAACCAACCACCCUUUGAUCAUCACCUUCACUGGAGUCGCACUCUCACUCGCUUACCAUCCGAACCAACAGCAGGAACACAAAUGUAACAUCAGGCUAGUGUGUGUGUGUGUGUGUGUUUGUUUGUGUGUGUGUGGUGAAAGGUUGUGGAUCCCUCUACAGAGGAUGAAGUUGUUGAGACACUUGCCUUCUAGACUCAGAGAUAUCUAUGCCACCAUGUCCCCUCUCCUUCUCCAUGCUGUAUAUUUUCCUGUAGAGUAAGACUAUGUUCCUUCCUGUCUAGAUAUAUCUAUCUAUGAAUGAGAAUAUUUUCCUAAGAAAGAAGUUAUUGGUCCCAUUCUGUGAGAUUUUUAUUUGCUAUUCUUGGGGAUGGCACUGCAGUUAAACAAGUCUUGCUAAUGGGCAGUUGGCAAUAGUGCUGGCCACCAGCCUUUCACAGGAAGAGUGCUACUGCGUGUACAGCGCCACCAAGGGGUUGGGAGGUGACACUGAACUAGACUUUUCUCAGCUUCCCGGUCGCAAAAUGUCAUGCCCACAUGGAUCAUCCCGCAGGACUGUGCGGGCUAUGGGCUGUGCCACUGUUGGGGGAGCAUCUUUAGUGAGACACGCCAUUACUGCUGAUCAUGGAUGUAGUGACAGGUGCUACCCAGCAUCAGUAUCAAAGAGGCUGAGCAACAGCACCUCGUCCUCCACUCCGACCUCAUCCCCCAUGGCCGACUCCUGGAAGCCACAUCCAUCCAUGGAAGUACCGCCCAUCCACCCUACCCCAACCCCAUCACCCCAUCCAGAGACCCUACCCUCAAAUCACUUUAACCCCCCCAUAGUCAACACCCACACCACACUACUGUCCCUCAUUCUAAACAAUGUGUCAGAUGAAAUGUACCUUAGAUGUAAUGUUAAUUCAAUUGUGUGUAAACCAAGAAAAAAGAGAAUUAUGGAUUUUGGUUUUGUGGUCUCCACAUGUGUUCACUAAUCAGGCGC